ACACCCACGCUGGAUGUGGGCCGAGAGCAGCAGCUCUGCUGAGGUCUGGGCAGCGAGGCGGGAGGGUGACCAGGGCAGCAGUCGGGUGAAGGCAUGCGGGCAUUGCUGGGCAGCAGCUGGAGGAAGUUUGGCCACGCUGGCCGGGGAACCUACGGGUGGCUAACCAGCGAACCCAGCCUCCCUCUUCUGGAAACUCAGCUGCAGGGCACCCAGAAGAGAAGUUCCACCCGGGAAGAUGUGGAGCCCUUCCUGUUCAUCCUUCUUCCAGCCACCGUCCUGCUCUUCCUGGCCUUUCUACUGCUCUUCCUGUAUCGCCACUGUCAGGCCCCGCGGGCCCGGGGCCAGGUUUCCGGCCUGGACCUCCCGGAGCAGCCGCCUGCGCGGGAGGUGACCGACUUCCUGCCCGGCUCACCCUGGGGCAGCGAGCGGACCUCCCCUUACUCCCCACUGCCCCCGGAGGCCGCCCUUCUCUCCGACGCAUGUUCACCGCCCUCCUAUGAGGAGGCCACCAAGGAUGCCCCUGGGGAACAGGCUCCGGAUGCGGGCAUUCAGUGUGGACAGGGUUCACCUGGACUGGAUAAGCAAAUGUAAACUUCUCCUGAAAACCGCACAGAACAUGGCCCUACGCCCUUCCAAGAGCCCACUUGGGCAGGGGGACAAGGGCCUCUGGACCUAAGAAGCUGUCAGUCAUGGUGGACUCCGGGAUGAAUGGGUUGGGGCGCAAGGGCAUGGAGCUUGACAAACGUCAAUCUUGUUAACUCAUUUUCAAGUUCCUUAGGGGAAACUUUCCCCAGGUUGUUCCAAAGAUGACUGGGCUCUUCUAUAACAUAUACUCCUGAGAAAAACAAACAGUUCUGUAUGAGUUAAAGGGAAAAAAGAAUUACUAGGGAACAUAAGAACUAACUCUGUAGAGAAAGAAAACAGGAAAAUGUUGAUAAGCCAAAGAUAACUGCUUUGACCACCAAA